AUGAACGCCAUCUACCCGAUCAAAGAGGACAGCAUCGCGCACGGGAGCAACUACACGAUGCGGGAGCCCAUGUACGAAGAGGCGGAGCUGAACAAGCUGGAGCGGUGGAUCAACGGGUUCCGCCGCGUCGCGCCCAAGGACCCGCUUGACGAGAUCUUCGCAAUCGAUGAGGAAGCUGUCGCGCUGAGUAGGCCGAGCUUGGGACAACGGACGAGCAGUAGUCAUUCGCAUUAUUAUGAUUUGAGGGAGGCAGCGCUGCAGACGGCGCAUUCCGGGCUUGCGAGGAAGUUGAAGGGGAGGCAUUUGCAGAUGAUUGCCAUCGGGGGUUCGAUAGGGACGGGUUUGUUUGUUGCAUCCGGUAGGGCCUUAGAAGUGGGAGGUCCGGCCUCGUUACUCGUCGCAUAUCUGUUCAUCGGAGCCAUGCUGUAUUUCACCGUCCAGGCUCUCGGUGAACUUGCUGUCGCGUUUCCCGUCGCCGGAUCGUUUUCGGCAUAUUCAACGCGCUUUCUCGACCCCUCGUGGGGGUUCGCUAUGGGUUGGAAUUAUGCCUUGCAGUGGCUAGUCGUGCUCCCGCUAGAGAUCAUCGCUGCUUCCAUCACCAUUUCGUAUUGGAACCCAGAUUUAGAUAGGGCCAUCUUCGUGACCAUAUUCCUCGUCAUCAUUAUUGGGAUAAACUUGUUUGGUGUAAAGGGGUAUGGUGAGGCAGAAUUCAUAUUUGCCAUCAUCAAGGUGGUAGCCGUCAUCGGCUUCAUUCUUCUGGGCAUUGUGCUCAACAUCGGGGGUACUCCCGGUGGUGGAUAUAUCGGUGGGAAACUUUGGUCACAGCCAGGAGCCUUCCACAAUGGGUUCAAGGGUCUCUGCAGCGUCUUCGUCACGGCCGCCUUUGCCUUUGCCGGCACCGAGCUGGUCGGUCUGGCAGCCGCCGAGACCAUGAACCCGCGCAAAUCGUUGCCCACGGCCAUCAAACAGGUCUUCUGGCGCAUCACCCUCUUCUACAUCGUAGCCCUGACCCUCAUCGGCCUGUUGGUGCCCUACGAUGACCCUCGCCUCCUCAACAGCGAUAAGACCACCACAGCCGCGGCCUCCCCCUUCGUAAUCGCCAUCGAGAACGCAGGGAUAGAGAUCCUCCCCUCCGUUAUGAACGUUGUCAUCCUCAUCGCCGUGCUAUCCGUGGGCAAUUCCUCCGUCUUCGGUUCCUCCCGCACUCUCGCCGCUCUAGCGGACCAGAACCAAGCCCCCAAAAUCCUCUCGUACAUCGACCGCCGCGGCCGUCCCUUAGUCGCCAUCAUCGUCGCCUCGUCCAUGGGCCUCAUCGCGUACUUGGUCGACAUCGAAGCCCAGUCCGCCGUCCUCGACUGGCUCCUCGCCAUCUCGGGCUUAUCUUCAAUCUGCACAUGGGCCUCCAUUUGCCUAUCGCACAUCCGCUUCCGCAAAGCCUGGGCCGCCAACGGGCACAGUCUGCAUGAACUCGCCUUCCGCUCACAGUGUGGCGUCUUGGGGUCCUGGCUCGGCUUCACUUUCAAUAUCCUCGUCCUCGUCGCCCAAUUCUGGAUCGGCGCGUGGCCCGUUGACUACAGCGAGAAAACCUCCCUAGAGCUGGCGGAGAACUUUUUUUUGGCGUACAUGGCGGCGCCCAUUGUCAUUUUGUUUUAUGUGUGUCAUCGGUUUUACUUCAAGACGAGCGCGGUUAGGAUCGCAGAUAUGGAUAUUGAUACGGGGAGGCGCGAUUUUAAUCUGCCUAUUUUGUUGGCGCAGGAGGCGGAGGAGAGGAGGGUGUGGCCGCGGUGGAAGAGGAUUUAUAAGUUACUUUGUUGA